ACAGCGUCCAAAGGCAUCCUGUUCAUCAAGACUGAAGUCCUCCUUAGCUGUGCCUCUGGACUGUGACCAGCUUACUGUCAUGACCUGCAAUCUGUAAAAGUCUUUCGUCAUGGUUUUUAAAGUGGACCUCACUGCAGAGCCCGACCUACAAGAAACCAUGCAGAAGGUUCUUGUGCCUGGCUGAGACCGUAGCUGAGGUCAGAGCUAAGACCUGGAGGAGGCAACAUUUGGCCAAAAUGGAGACAAGAAAGAACACCACAGCAGGGGUACUCUUCUGGACCCCCGCCCCUGUCCGCACCUCAUCCCCUAGCUCCGUGAUAUCUGAGGAUGAGUGGGAGGAUGAGGAGAAAGAACAGGCACAGAAAGAUGAUGACUUUUUCAGCCAGAUGGAUGAGAAUGGCAUUAUUGGACUGUCAGAAGCACUGGAGGAUGUGGAGUUGGUGGAAACUUGUGGUGACGUAGACGCAGAAUGUUCUGCUAACUCUGGACCCCUGACACCAGAGGAGGAAGACUUCAGUGAGUACGAGAGGGAGCUGAGAAGCAACCUGAGAGCUCUGUCCCAGAUCGAUCCACCAGCAGAGGAUGUGAUGCUGUCACUGUGGGAUGACUUCAUGGGUAACUUUAAAUCAUGUUCAGUAAAUGAGAAGAUAACGCAGAGGAAAGACUUUCUUCCUGAGAACGACAAAUAUUUGGAUAUGACGGAGGAGGAGCAAGACUGUGAGACAGCAGGGAAGAAAAGUGACAUUAAGAGAACGAAAUCUAGAGCUGAGAAUAGCUUCACUGAGAGCCAUACCUCUAAAAGAGAGAUUGUGAAGACCAGCUCUGCACAAUCUAGUAGUGAUCACCUACUAGCCAUGAAAACCUUUGGUGUCUCAAAUCACCACUGCCAUCCUGCCUCAUCUGUCAACCCACAAAUUUUUCCCCACCUUCUCCAUUUCACUGCUGAGGAAAUCACUGCCGCCCCAGGUAUCGAAGCUGAAACUUUGCCCGAGAUGAGCUCCAUAGAAAGUAUUCAAGAAUCACCCAGAAGCCACACAAGCCUCAAAUCAAGUCCUCGUCCUGAGGUAACGCUCAGGGCUUCUCCUCAGCCAGUAGCCAUGUUUUCUGAAGAUAUCGUAUCAAAUUGUCAAAGCAAGGAAACAAACAGGUCUUUAAAUGGAAUGGUAAAGACAGGUAAACAUCAUAAACAACCUACACCUUCUCCAAGAAAGACAAAGAAGCACCCUGCUUCACAUUCGAGGAGUCAUUGCCUCAGCACAGGCAGGGCAGACUCCUCAAGGCAGACCACAAGUUGUGACAGAGAACUGAGGGCACCCAGAUCAAGGAGCGAUGCAGCUAAAGUGGAUGAAUCCAAGAGAGAGCCUCUGAGUUACCGUACACCUGACUUCUCCAAGGUGGAGCCCAGGGUCCACUUCCCCAAAGGUGGUUACACGCCCCCCAAGAGCGGACGCUCUGUCAAGAGAGAGUCCCUUUCACCUGAGCCUCCUGUAGUGUUUAAAUCCCCUGCUGAAAUCGUGAAAGAAGUCUUGCUGAACACCCCCGAUGGAUCUCCUGAGCCAUCAGGCUCUUGCAGAGCACAAAGCUGUGCCCCCCUCUCCAUUGUGCCUCAGGAGUUCAGAAGCCAGCAGCAGGCCAUUGUGCUGUCCGAACAACUGCAGGAAGACUACAACAUUCUGCUGACUAAGCACGCCGAGGCAAAGAACACCAUUGAUCGUCUGCGUCUGGGAGCCAAGGUGAACCUGUACUCAGACCCUCCAAAGCCCGGCCACUUGGUUCAGUCAGGACUAAACCGGGAGCCCUCAAAGGUCAUGACGCUGGAUUUUCCUCAGGUUCAAAGGGCAGAGAUGAACUCAGCCUCGCUUCAUCCAAACGGACCGAGCCCUCAGCGAAGAAGUCCUUCAGCCUGUCCUUCCACAAGCAGCCCGGGCCCUCAGUUGGGACAGCAGCUGGCCAAUAUUCUCUACAGUCAGGCAGAAAAAUUCAUCCAGCAACUGCAAACUUUUGAAGAUCUCCUCAAGACCAAACAACUCAAAUCUGUUAAACAGAUGGAGGGUGUGUCGCAGCUCGCUGAGGGGCUCGACUCUUUAGAGAGGGGCUACCUGAUGGCGAGAGAUGAGCACAAAGUCCUGCUGCAGCAGGGGGCAGAAAUCGGCCACUUUGACUCUGAACGGGAGCUGGAGGGGCUGAUCUUUCAGUGUGGGCUCAGUAUGGAAGAGGUAAAGGAGCAGGUGGAGCAGAUCACUUGUGAGGCUCCUCCCACUCCACAACCUGACCUCGUCCCUUCUGUCCCCCUAACUCAGCCAAAGAGCCAACAUGUACCUUCACUGGUUGAUCAAAGAGAGGUAGUGGUGCUUGAGGAGAGCUCAGCUAGUGAAGAAAGCAAAGAAGAAACUCUGACAUCUAUCUACCUCAAACCUCUGGACAGCAAACACAGAUGUGUUGAACAAGACUUUGUCAAACCAGUGGAUCACUACCAAAGCUUCAAGGAGUUUCCAAAACGUAUCGACCAUGGCCAGAAAGACGGAGCUUCUCUUUCUGCUACUGGAAGAACCAAUAUGCAGCCUGUGGAUCAGGAAAAGGGGACACAGAAUCACGGGGCAGGAAAUGUGGAAGGUCACAAGAGUCUGCCACGGAGGCAAUCAACUCAUCGAGACUCGCCCCCUAUUUGCAGCAGAAAACAGCUGACCAGUAGGCCCAGUCCUCCUUCAGGCAGGGUCUCCAGUCAGUCCAUUAGUCCUCCUUCUCCUUCUUCCAGUAGCAGAAGAAGUGUCGAGAUGGGAAAGUCCCACAGCAGCAGUCUGAGCAGUCUGGGAGAAAUGACUGCGUUGGAAAGGAGGACCACGAAACUCCCAACGGGGAUCAGCAGAGUUCUUUCUCAGGAUAGGAUUGUCUCUCCGGAGAUGGACAGUGGGUUUGUUGGAUCUGAGAGCAGCCGCCUGACCCCUGCAGCAGCUCCCAGUCCUCUCCACCAGAGGGCAGCAGAGAGUGUUUUAGUGCAUCGAGAGGGGAACCAAGGAAAACCUCAGACAGGCCCAGCCUCAGCACCAUCUCCUGCCUGCUCCCAGUUACACAGUCAAACAGCUGUGGAGCACAGAAGAGGCUCCCAGUUCAGCAAUGACCAACCAAAAAGAAGCAGACAGGGGCGGAGAAGACGCAUGUUCUCCUGCUCUCCACAGCGCCGCAGAGCUGACAGUGAGACCAGUGAGUUUGGGCUGCAGAGUGACAGCACUGCGUCUGAAGACAAACACUAUGACCGGUACACAGAAUAUAUCAACUCCCUCCACAGCUCCAGCUCCUCCCCCGCUGCACGCUAUCACCAUAGAGAUUCUCUCAGAGCACCGAGCUCCAGUCAGGUGGAGAAUCGCAAUGCUGCCAUCCAGGCUCUUCAGGAAGAGGUGAGCAGACUAAAGGAGAAACUAGACAGCUGUUCAAAAAAUCAAAGGCCUCAGAGUUCUCUAAGAGCAGCUCCAUUAACACAGGAGAACUACACACACACCUCUACACGUCCCUCCAGGUCUGGUGAGCGUUGGAGUGAAGCAAGCAGGGGCAGAAGAGACAGACAUGCAGCUGAUGAGGUCGAGGAGUCAACAAUAAGACGAACAACAAGGAAGAGAGUGACCUCUGCACACAGACAGAAAACACAACCUGAUGACUGUGCAGAGCUGUCCACACCUGAACCUCCACCUCUGGUGUCCAGAUCAACUCAAACAUCUGCUGCAGCACGAGACAGCCACUGUUUACAUACGAAUAAAGUCCACAGCACAACACAGACCAGGCAGCACCCUGGGGUGUCGGAAACAGCAGAUGAACCUGACAGCAGAAGUCAUAAAGCUCCUCUUUGUCCGCAGUGUUUGUCACAUCGCCGGGGGCAACCUGCACACAAACCAGCUGUUAGCAACAGAGAGGCGCCCCCCUCCUCUCACUGUCACCACUGUCAUCUCUGUGGAGGCCCUGAUGUGAACAGAAGCGCUGACCCAGACUGUCACAGAGUCUCAGACUCCAGCAAACACACAACCUGCCAUCCAGCCCAGUCCCACCCUGCAGGUCUGAGCAGCAAGUACUUUACAGCUGCAGCUUCACCGCUGCACUGCAUGCCAGUGUGUCCUCCACCACUCCUGGUUUUCUCUCUGCCCCUCUACGUGUCUCCUAGCAACAGCAUUGGCACAUCCUCAGGGGUCAGAGGACGGGGGGAGGUGAGGACGAGGACAAGACGCUCCCUGUCUGCUGACCGUCAGCUCUGUGCAGAUGGUUCUCUGAACAGAGCCAUCAGAGCAGCCCGGCACAUGAAGCACACCUCCGGACACAUGGCUCGCUCGCUGGCUUCAGGACUGCACUACCACCAGCUGCUCAGUGCUUCCUGCAGCUACUGAAGUCGGAUCGCUGCAGACUGAGACAUAAACUCAACACCAGUUAACCUCAGCCAAUCAAUCAACCUGGAGAUGUCAGGAGGGAGGUUUGGACCAAAUGAAUAAUAAAACUUUUCUGCUAUUUAGAUUUUCUUUUUUUUUCUGCUUCAAUUGUUUAAAAAAUGUAUUUUAUAAAUUCUACACAUCAAGACUCAGGUAGCUCUACGAAUUGCAACUGAUGUAGCUCAGUUUGAUAAAGAUUCUGUGAAUCACACUCUGAUAUUUUGAGCUAUUUAUUGACCACAUGUCCGUUUAUUGAUAAUACAAUAGUGUUUUAACGUUUUGUUAUGCAAGAAUGUGAAUUAAUUAUUUUAGAGGGCCUGUAAACUGUUUCAAUGUAACUAUAGUAGCGUGCUGCACUGUGACUGAAAUGCACUGUUCUUACAGGAUGCCACCACGGAGCUAUUUUACAAAAAGGUCAACAAGCGGAUAUCGUGCUUUCCAAUGACCAUAAUAAUAAUGUGGCCAAUGACAUGGGAUACUGGAUAUCUUCAAAAUGAGUCUGUUCGUAUGUUGAUAAUUUAUUCUAUGUUUGUAGAAUUUUUUAAUUGUAAUGUUUUUGAUAAGCUUUGUAAAGUAUCAUUUUUAGUCACAUGCCUUUAAGUGCCAGAAUAUGAGCCGUAGAAUGAGAUCUAUCGUAGGUGACGAGCUUCAUGUGAAGUUUUAACAUAAGACUAUUUUUGUAGAAUUAUAAAUUAGGCUCUUUUAAAAACUAACAUAUGACUGUGGGUGUUCUUAGUGAAUUAUUAUCUUAAUUCUUUUUACUUUUGUAUCCUUUAUUAAAUGUGCUAAAUUAA